AUGAAGGUUGUUAUUGAAAUAGUUAUAUGUUUUAGCCUCAAGGAUUCAGUCUCUAGACUUAUUUCUGAAGGAGCAUGGUCGUGGCCUGCGGAUUGGAACGAUAAAUUCCAAAAUGUUCAGAUUCCUACUUUUGUGCAAGAUAAACAGGAUGAACUAAGUUGGAAGAACAGUGCAGAAUUUCAAGAGUUUUCUGUUACCAUGGUAUGGGAGACUAUCCGGCCAAGAGGUUUGGAAGUUCCUUGGUUUCAUGUUGUUUGGUUUACUCAUUGUAUACCAAAGCAUGCUUUUCAUUUGUGGCUCGUGUUUAGACCGAAGCUCAAGACACAAGAUGUUCUAUCUUCAUGGGGGAUUCGUGGAUGUGCUGAUGUUCCUACAGUUUGUGCUUUAUGUGAGUUGCAGCCCGAUUCCCAUGAUCAUGUAUUUUUUGAAUGUUCUUAUGCUACACAAGUUUGGAAAGGGAUUUGUGACUAUGCAGAGUUGGAUCAUUAUUGCUGUUCAUUGGGAUGUUCUUGUGAGUUAUUUCGUCUUUUUUGCUAA